AUGUCGUCAGCUUCGAAUACACCACCGGACGAUUACUUCAACGACCUUUCACGACCCACAGGCAAUAAUGGAAGGAAUAAGAGGCAGAGAACCCCCCCGGCCGAUGCGAACACUGUUGUUGUCGAUGCUGGAAGCGGAGGAGAUUCUGGUGUCCCUAAGCCCAAGAGAAUAGCCUGCAUUAUCUGCAGGAAGAGGAAGUUGAAGUGCGAUGGGACCAAACCGAGCUGUUCAACCUGUACGCGACUGGGACAUGAUUGCGCGUAUGAUGAGGUGCGCAGGAAGUCUGGCCCAAAACGAGGAUAUGUGAAGGCCUUGGAAGAGAGAUUAAAGCAAGUAGAAACGCUGCUCAAAACCCAGGAUCCAGCUGUGCCAGAUACUCCACAAACAACUUUCCCACAAGCCAAUGUCAGCGGGGUAGCGCCUCGGGCUGUUCCUGCGGCAGACUUUGGUGUGUCGAAUUCGUCGAUUGGCAUUGCGGAGGGUGUAAAUGCUGAGCGUUGGGGAUUCAAUGGCGACUCUCCUGCCCAACUCUCAAUGGACAACAUGGAUUUUACGGCAGACAUGAAUAUGGGGAUGGGUAUCGAUGAUAACACCUUUACAUGGGAGAUGAUUGGGCUUGGUCUGGAGGAACCACUCCCUCCUCAGGAAACUAUUGAUGAAUUGUAUGUGACAUUCCUUGGUCCAUUGGAAGCAGAAGCUUAUCUCGUGUAUAGGCAUCAAAUUUAUUUCGACAAAAUACACCCCUCUUUGCCGAUGAUCCACAAAUACCGAUAUCUAGCAGCGAUGAACCUAGCACCAAGUCAGCGCCCACCUGUGGCAUUACGAUAUGCUAUGUGGACUCUUGCAGCAUCUGUGGUUGAGAAGUUCAUGGAUCUGAAAGACCACUUCUACCAGCGAGCUCGAAAAUAUAUGGAGUUGGAUUACAUCAAGGGUCAUGGUGAGCAUAUGAUAUCGAUCGCUCACGCACAGACCCAUGUCAUUUUAGCCUCCUACGAAUUCAAGAUGAUGUAUUUCCCCAGAGCGUGGAUGAGUACGGGCUCAGCCAUCAGACUCUGUCAAAUGAUGGGUCUACAUAGGCUGGAUGGCGCCGGUCUAGACGUGAAACAAUGCCUUCCUCCCCCUCGAGACUGGACUGAGAGAGAAGAAAGGAAGAGGACGUUCUGGAUGGCUUUCUGUGAGGAUAGAUAUGCCAGUAUUGGAACUGGUUGGCCAAUGACUAUCGACGAGAAGGACAUCUUAUCAGAACUUCCCGCUUCAGACGAAGCCUUUGAGAUGAGUAAGCCAGAGCGGACACAAACUCUUCCGGAGGCUAUGAGCCCUACAGGAGCAUCGAAGCUGUCGCCAUUUGCCGGUGUUGUACUAAUGGCGUGUCUAUUCGGGCGGAAUCUCAUACAUCUACAUCGUCCUGAUGAUGAUGAUCGAGAUAAUGAUCUGAAUGGCGAGUUUUGGAAACGUCACAGGAAUAUGGACAACAUCCUUCUGAACACCUCACUCUCUUUACCAUCUCAUCUCAAGCUUCCCCAAGGCUUAGCAAACCCUAACAUCGUGUUCACCAAUAUGAACAUACACACAUCCACAAUUUGCUUGCACCAGGCAGCGAUAUACAAGGCGGAUAAAAACAGUCUACCAGCAUCAAUCAGUGCUGAGAGCAAGGUGCGAUGCAUCACGGCAGCUAAUGAGAUCGCCAGCAUUAUGCGAAUGAUUUCCCACCUUGAUCUGUCUUCUAUGAAUUCAUUUAUAUCAUUUUGUCUAUACGUCGCAGCGCGAGUCUUCGUGCAAUACCUGAAGAGUCGACCGGAUGAUAGCCAAACUGGUGAUUCCUUGAGAUUUUUACUCUCUGCCAUGAAUGCCUUGAAAAAGAAGAACCCACUGACGGAAUCAUUUUUGGUCCAAUUGGAUGUCGACCUCGAGGGUCUUGGUAUGCGAAAUCCAAAAUACAAAUCCGUAUUCGCAUAUAGUGAGGAUAACCUGGGAAUAUCAAGUGCGAAGGCUCCACAGAUAGGUUCGCGAGGUGUACAUGGCAUCAUACGGUCGAACGAGUGCAACUUUAUGACGGUUCAAGAAGCAUCCGGUGACCCAAAUCAAUCCAAACCCCCCACCGGCGACACAUAUCCUACAUCUGCAGCAUCAAAGAAUUCUCAUCCUGACGGUAACGGGGUGGACUCAUCUUGGAUGGACUUCCAAAGCCACCAGCACUCUAAGCAAGGGCAAGGGCAAGAGGUACAGCAAAACAUGCAGAAUCUCGCGAUUGGUUCAAUUCCUAGCCAGCGAAUCAUAGAUAUAACUACUGGUAGCGGUUACAUGAAUCAUGAAGGUAGUAGCCAAGGAGGCGAUGCAGGACACUCCCCAGAUACUGCACACUCGGCUUCUACUCGACCGACGCCGAACUCGACUACUCCCUCAGAUACGCGCUCCAACUUACAGCCAGGAGCGACUAAAUCUAGCGGUGCCUCCUACGAGACUAGUCCUGCAUCGUCAAACAAUGCCCGACACUCUUCGGGGGACGGAAGGUCGAUGUCUGCCUUCUUUAAUACGUCAACAGACUACGCCAACAUUCCUCCAACGGGCUUGACACCCGGGGCGGACUAUAGCAUGCCAGAGACUCCUGGAAGCUUUGAGGUUCCUACUGGAUGGGAAAUGGGAAAUCAGACCAACGACUUGACACCCGUGGGAGAGGGGGUUCUAAGACAGCUCAUGGGGCUUGGGCCGCUGGAUCCAAUGGACAUGGGAUGGGAAGGAUCUACAUAG